AUGAAAAUAACAUCGACAAACGGUAAUGUGUCUCGUUUAAAUAAUGAUAAUAAAACAUUAGAAUAUAUUUGUUCAUAUAUAAAAUAUAAAUUUGAUAAUCUAUUUGCUCAUGGUUUAAUUUUUAUUAUUCCAUUAUUAACUAUUAUAAGUGUAUUUAUUAUAUUAAUAUUUAGUAUAAUUUAUUAUUAUACUAAAGAAACAGAUAAUUAUAAAGAUGCAUUAUGGCAAACAUUUACACGUAUACUUGAUCCAUGUGCAGCAGCACACGAUGAAGGUGUAAAACAUCGACUUAUAUCUGGUAUUGUUAUACUUUGUGGUCUUGUUAUUGUUGCAAUAUUAAUUGGUGCAAUUGUAACUUUUAUGGAUGAAAAAUUAAAUGAAUUAAAAAAAGGACAUACAACAGUUAUUGAAAAGAAUCAUACAAUAAUUUUAGGAUGGUCACCAAAAAUAUUUGAUAUUAUUAAUGAAUUAAUUAGUGCAAAUGAAAAUCAACGUAAUCCUUCAAUUGUUAUUUUGACAUCAAAAGAUAAUAGUGAGAUCAAUGAUUUAAAUAAAUUGAGUCUUAAUCAAGCACGAUCAAUAAUUAUACUGGCACCGGAAUUAAACAAUCCUGAUGUUAGAAUAAUAAAAACAAUAUUAGCAAUUAGAAAUAAUCCAAGACGAAAUAACAUUAAUUUUCAUAUUGUUGCUGAAAUAAAAGAACAAAUUAAUUUAGAAGCGGCAAUAAUUGCAGAUUUUUAUUAG